AUGCAAUCCCAUGCUCUGGGAGUCCAUAAACCUCCAACUAUUUUCAGGCGAUGCUGGUUGGUUUUCAAGAAGGCUUCUAGUAAAGGACCCAGAAGGCUAGAAAAAUUUCCAGAUGAAAAAGCGGCGUAUUUCAGAAAUUUUCAUAAGGUAACUGAGCUUCACAACAUCAAAAACAUAACCAGACUGCCUAGAGAGACAAAGAAGCAUGCAGUGGCAAUUAUUUUUCAUGAUGAGACAUCAAAGACAUUUGCCUGUGAGUCAGAACUGGAGGCAGAGGAGUGGUGCAAACAUCUUUGCAUAGAGUGUCUAGGAACCAGGCUAAAUGAUAUAAGCCUUGGGGAGCCAGAUUUGCUUGCUGCUGGAGUCCAGAGAGAACAAAAUGAGCGAUUCAACGUAUAUCUUAUGCCUACACCAAAUUUAGAUAUCUAUGGGGAAUGUACAAUGCAGAUCACACAUGAAAACAUCUAUCUCUGGGAUAUCCAUAAUGCCAAGGUCAAGCUGGUCAUGUGGCCUCUGAGUUCUUUGAGGAGAUAUGGGCGUGACUCAACAUGGUUCACAUUUGAAUCUGGAAGGAUGUGUGACACAGGAGAAGGACUGUUCACCUUUCAGACGAGGGAAGGAGAGAUGAUCUAUCAGAAAGUCCAUUCUGCAACACUGGCGAUAGCUGAGCAACAUGAAAGACUAAUGAUGGAGAUGGAGCAAAAGGCACGGCUCCAGACUAGUCUGAGUGAACCAAUGACAUUAUCCAAGUCAAUCUCACUUCCCCGCAGCGCAUACUGGCAUCACAUUACCCGACAGAACAGCGUUGGAGAAAUCUACAGUUUACAAGGAUGUCUAAUGGGAGAAUCGUCAGAUUUCCUGGUUUCUUGGUCACGGACUGAUGAUAUCAAACCAGGGAUGCAGGUCACAGUCUCAGUUCAGCAAAGGUGUCUCGUGCACAGACGUUUCCCAGCUACACCUCAGAGCCGGGCGAGGAGCACCAGCAGUCCCUGUCGCUGUCUAGCAGCUAUGGAUUCAGCUACAAUUCAGCCCUCAUCCAAUGAUACACACACAACAGAUGACCAGAGAGACAAUCGAGCCUGGAACCUGCCAGUAGGGUCAGGAAGCCACUUGCACCCUCAGAAUCCAUGA